UGCACUGGCUCCGCCCCUUCCCUCAGAGGUCCCGCCCCUCCGCCAGCAGCCGGGAGGGUGUUAGGGGGCGUUUCUCCAGGAGGAAAGCUGUGAGCUGCGACGCUGAGGAAGGGGACCCCAAAACGUCUGGCACUGCCCCCUCCAGGGAUCACUUUGGACCGCCUCACUCGGCCCAGCGGGAUUCUGAAACGCCGAGGGGUCAACCUGAUGGGUUUCGGGGUCAACGGAAGAGGGGAAGGGGAGCCCUGGCGGGGAGAACCCCCCGGUCCCCCGCCCAGCAGCUGAGGCACAGGAGGGCGGCCAUCUUGGCCGGGAGGGUAGGGCUGGGGAGAAGCGGGCGCCGUGCGAUUGGGGGGCUCGCCCGGAAGUGACGCCAACUACCCGGAAGCGGAGGGGGUUCCCUGGCCCACUCCCCCCUCGUUCGUUUGCUCCCCCGCUUCUUCCCCGCCCCCCUUCCUCUCCAUUCGUUUCCCCCCCUCCCCGUUCCCUGCCUUCUUCCCCCCUACCCGUCCCUCCCCCCCCAACCUCCGGAGCUGGGAAGAGAGUCAAGAUGGCGGCGAAAUCCGAUGGCGGUGGCGUGGGGGUGGGCUUCGCCCAGCUGCACAACCUGGACGAGGCGGUGGGCAGCGGCGGCGAGGAGGACGGGGAGCCCGGGGGAGGCGGCUGCGGCGGCGGCGGCGACGGCAGCGAGCCCGGCGAGAGCAGCUCGCUGCACAUCUGCCACUGCUGCAACACCUCCUCGUGCUACUGGGGCUGCCGCUCCGCCUGCCUGCGCUCCCUCCUGGGCAAGAAGCCGCGCCGCAGCGCCGCCGCCGCCGACGGGGGGGACCAGCCGCUGCAGCCGCCCGCGGCCGCCGGCCGCCAACCCCCGACGCCCUCGGCCGCGCGGCCGCAACCGCCGCCGCCGCAGGUGGAGCGGCCGUGGCUCGACUGCCUGUGGAUCGUGCUGGCGCUGCUGGUCUUCUUCGGGGACGUGGGCACCGACCUGUGGCUGGCCCUCGACUACUACCGCAAGGGGGACUACGGCUACUUCGGGCUGACCCUCUUCUUCGUGCUGGUGCCGUCGCUGCUGGUGCAGAGCCUGAGCUUCCGCUGGUUCGUGCAGGACUACACGGGCGGCGGGCUGGGCGCCGUGGAGGGGCUCAGCAGCCGGGGCCCCCCCAUGAUGGGGGCCGGCUACGGCCACGGCGCGGCCCGCGGCGGCCCGGGCGCGGGGGGCUCGGCCACGCCGGGGGCGCAGCGCCUGUGCCGCCUCUCCGUGUGGAUCUGGCAGUCGGUCAUCCACCUGCUGCAGAUGGGGCAGGUGUGGAGGUAUAUCCGCACCAUGUACCUGGGGAUUCAGAGCCGGCGGCAGAAGGAACACCAGCGACGCUUCUACUGGGCUAUGAUGUACGAAUAUGCAGACGUCAACAUGCUGCGCCUCCUUGAGACCUUCCUGGAGAGCGCCCCCCAACUGGUGCUACAGCUCUGCAUUAUGAUCCAGAAGAACAGCGCCGAGACGCUGCCCUGUGUCUCCUCUGUGACUUCCCUGAUGUCCCUGGCUUGGGUGCUAGCCUCCUAUCACAAGCUGCUGCGGGACUCCAGGGACGACAAGAAGAGCAUGAGCUACAGAGGGGCCCUCAUCCACCUCUUCUGGCGCCUCUUCACCAUCUCAUCCCGAGUUAUCUCUUUUGCCCUCUUUGCUUCCAUCUUCCAGCUCUACUUCGGGAUCUUCGUGGUGGUGCACUGGUGUGCCAUGGCUUUCUGGAUUAUCCAUGGCGGAACAGACUUCUGCAUGUCCAAGUGGGAGGAGAUCCUCUUCAACAUGGUGGUAGGGAUUGUGUACAUUUUCUGCUGGUUUAACGUCAAGGAAGGGCGGACUCGAUAUCGAAUGUUUGCGUAUUAUACGAUAGUCUUGACCGAGAAUGCUGCCUUGACGUUCCUUUGGUAUUUUUACAGAAACCCGGAGACCACUGACUCCUAUGCGGUGCCAGCACUGUGUUGUGUCUUCAUUAGCUUUGUGGCUGGGAUUGCACUGAUGCUCUUAUAUUACGGUGUGCUGCAUCCCAUGGGGCCGCGAGCUAAGAUCUUUGCCAGCUCCUGUUGUGCCGAGCUGCUCUGGGGCAUCCCUUUGCCCCCCGAUGUUGAGCCCAUGGCACCUCAGACCCCUGGGUACCGGGGGACCCAGGUCACGCCCACCAGAGCCGUCACGGAACAACAGGAGGAUCUCACGGCUGACACUUGCUUGCCCGUUUUCCAAGUGAGACCCAUGGGGCCCUUAACCCCGUCGGGGCGUCCUUACCAUCCAGAAGGGCCCCUCAUUAAGAUAGACAUGCCAAGAAAGAGAUACCCAGCUUGGGAUGCUCACUUUGUAGACAGGAGGCUGAGAAGGACUAUUAACAUCCUGCAGUAUGUCACUCCCACCGCAGUAGGCAUUCGAUAUCGAGACGGACCGCUCCUCUAUGAGUUGCUACAGUAUGAGUCUUCACUCUAAGAGCAUCUUGGCCCAAGUUGAGAAGGGGACCUUAAGUUUGGUUUGCGGUCAACACCGCUUGCAAGAAAUAUAACCCUCCCUUCCCCCAGUACACAGAACCACCACCACCACCAACACCGCCACCACCACCACCAACACCACCACUACAAACAAAACAAAACAAAACAAAACAAUUAAUAAGUCACAACCCCUUCAGAUAAGCUUUCUUUCCAGUUGCUGUAUGUAUACAAAGAUACUCUCUAUGUUUUGUAAGUAAAAACAAACAGAAAACCUUUCUUUUGUUUUUUACACAUAAGAAACAGUAUUGAAAAAUCCCACACUCUGGCUCAUAGGGUGGAGAAGGAGGAGGUGUCUCCACUCCAAGAGAAAACCACAGUUUUAUACCUUACACCAAGUGUAGAUCAUUUACGGGAUUGGUGCUGAUUGAAAGAACAAAUCAAAACAAAACAAAACAAACACAAACAAACAAACAACCUUCAACUGCCUUAUGCCCUUAGGUGCUGAGUUUCAUUAAGUACUGUCACGUUUUUUCUCAUGCAAAACUCCCUGGUGACUUUCGCACCAGGAGAGGGGAAAUUAAACAAUCAAAUGAAAUAAAUCUAGAACCGAGAGGAAUAACAACCAACAAAUACAACACAAAGCACUCAUUCUUCCUAUCUGAUUAUUUGUAUUGAAAACAAAUUUACCCAAAGCAAAGGCAUAAAAAAAAAAAAAACCCUCCCCCUCUCCCUUUCUCUCCUCUGUCCCUUUCUCUAUACAGAGCCUUCUAGGAGCUCAAGGGCUGUUUGCAACUCAAAUGGCUGGAAAAGCUGCUUGAAGGCUGACUAUGUGCCAUCUUAGCGUUCACUUAGCGAGAAUCACAUUUGCUUCCCAGUGAAAAAGCAAAACAGAACCAAACCAAAAGCUACCCCCAAAAUUUGGCAAGGACAGGAAAUUCUAAAGCCAAUCAAAGGAGAUCUCCAUAAUUCUUUUCAAAAAGAAUCAGUAAUAAUAAAACUCAGCAUAGUAGCAAAAAGAAUGACAUCAAUUUAAAGGCACAAUUCUUAAUCAGUGACUGGCAACAAUGACCUGUUCCAUCAUUUUAAGGCUGUGAACGGGAUACACUUGUCACGUGUAAUAUUGUUUAAGGCCUCUGCUGUCUCCGUUUGGUGGGAUGCCUUAAAUUGAUCUGGAAAGAAUUCUUCAUUUUUCAUUUGUGCUUUUUAAAACAACAACAACAACAACAACACAAAGAGGAAAACUAGAAUAUAUACAUAGAUAUAUAAAAAAGUCAAAUUGUAAUAACUGACCCAUUUCAAAGACUGUUUGGUGCUUCUGUCUUUCACCAUUGUGGUUGGCUGAAAAUCCUUCAGCUCACUUGGUGCAUCUGGGUUGAAUGGGAAAUUGUGCGUGUGGAGUUUGUGUGUGCUUGUGUAUGUAUGUAUGUGUGUGUGCCCAUAGCACACAUGUAUGUGUGUUUGUGUGUGUGUGUGUGUGUGUGUAUGUUCCUGCUGCAAGGUCUUGCCAGAAAUAUACAAAACCGAUCUAAGACAAACACUGGUUAUGCGGUGCCGUGUGCGGGGCUGGGGGCUGGGGACUGGGGCUAGGGGAAUGGGCUGGUGCCUGCACAGAGCCCCUGUUGGGAGAGCAACACACACCAGCAGCCCACUGUGGGUCUUAGAGUCUGUGUUGUCUAGGUGAGGGUUUCAUUCAACUGUUUAUUUUCUCAUUGUACCAAGUUGAAUUUCUGGAGGUGUUGCAAGUCUCUUCAAACAUUUUUAAAAUUUUUGUUUUUCAAAAGUACUGCUCCUUUAAAGGAGAUUCCUGUUCUAGGGCGUCGUUUCAACCCAUUGUAUCUCUACUUGGGCACACACACACACAAAAAAAAAAAAAAAGGAAAAGAAAAAAAUUGCCACAAAAAAAGAUAUAUAUAUAUAUAUAAAGUAAAUAUAUAUAUACACACACACACGAUAUUUUUAAGUAAAUACUGUUAGUCUCUGUUGUGUGUAGCUGCGGUUUUUUUUUUCUCUUAAAUUCCAGAUAUAACUAUUUAGGGUGCAAAACCUCACCUUGAACUAUUCUUGAGAGAAGUGUUCAAAAAUUGAGGAAUUUUUUUCGUGCAUUUGUGGGAUUUUUUUAAAAAAAUAUUAUUCAAAGAGGUUUCUCCUUCCCACUGCAUUCAUUGCUUAUCUGAAUCUUUAUUCCAAUCAGUUGUAAAAUCAGAUGCUCCUUCCCGUGUUCAGAUCGCCUUGAUUCCGUGCACGAUCACGGUCAUGUAACUGCAGUGUGUCCCCUCCCUUCCCUGACUCAGGUGCUCCCUGGGGUCCUCCUGCAGGAAGGAGGAAGAGGAGGAGCCCACCACCCCACCCCUCCCCAAUCUGGAAGGCAGGACAGAACAGGGCACACUCAGGCCCGUGCACCACUUGCGAGCUAUUUGGGAGUUGGAAUCCCAUCAUGGGUGCUUCCUUCAGUGUGUCUCCUUUCCAUUCUGCUCUCCGGAGCACCCGUGCACUCUGCCGAGGCUGGAGAAGGUGAGGUCGUUUGAGGGGGCCGUCCCCUGGGGCUGGCUGGGGUACCCAGCUCUUGUCUGUAGCCAGUCUGGGGCUCUGCCAGCAUCCAUCACGAGAGCAGCUUUCUCGGCGUCCUCCCCACGCUUCCCCCUCGGAGCAUCUGGCUCUUGCGCUCUGCGUCUCUUCUUGGAGGGGUUUCCUCUUUCUUUCUUCUCCACUUCAGCACAGUCACCAGUCCCGAUUUGCAGCCUCUGUUUCACUACUCGCAUCUGCUGUGUGUGUGUCUGUGCAUGUGCACAUGUGUGUUCAUGUUCACAUGGAACUUAGUAGACUGCAGAAGUUGACCUGGAGCACUGCAAGUUGGGAUGCCAGCUUCCAGCUCUGGGAAGGCCCUCAGGGGCAUUGGCCCCUGGGAACAAAGGAGAAGGACCUAGCACAUUCCAGCAAUCUUUCUUUCAACCCUUGUUGGACUGUGUUCCAGAGAGCACACUUGUUCUUUGAAGUGGCAUCCGCAUGCCCCCACCUGAACCCUUCCUUUCUGUACUAAUGGUGCAGGUGAAAAUGUGCAUCUGUGAGCAGCAGCAGGAAGAGCCAGUUUUGCUGAGAGACAGGAAGAGGCGGGGAAAAGUGACCAGGCAGGGAGAAAGCCUGGGAAACAUAAAGGCCGGGACCAGACCCUGGUGCUGUCAGCCUCUGGCAGCUCCCCACCUGUCACAUCAGCAGUCCCAGGCCACUCCCCUGGGGUUUUCUCUCCAUCCCUCCCUUGCCAGGGUGUACCCCAUUCAGAGGGCUGUAGGGUGUCAGUGUAGGAAAGCAGAUACACAUGCCCCGCUCUGUCUCCCCACCGAUGGCAUCGGUCCUGAAAACCUAGAUCCUUAAGGCCACCCUGUGGAAGGGUCCCUCUGCACCAGCGCGAUGUGGUGGCCCCUUUGUCAUUUGCCUGGGCCUUUGGCCACCCUGCCUUUUGUGGGCCAACAACGAGGCCCUAGCCCAUUCUGCUCCAGCUGCCUACCAGUGGACAGCCUGUGAUGCUUUUUAAAGAGAUCUCUCUGGACCCAUUUCUCUGCUAAGAUCUCCUGUUAAAAUAAUCAAUUCUCAAUAUUUAGCUAUGGUAAAAGAUAAGCCUGUUGGUGCCAGGAGCUAUAGAACACAGUAUACUACCCCGCUUUCUUUCCUUAUUGCUCCCCCAUCAAGUACCCCACGAAUGUCCAUAUUUCAUCCCUCUAGCUAAGCAGGACACUCAGCUUUUCUUUCCAUUCUCAAACACAUGGUAGUGUUGCCCGAACAAUGUGGCUGAUUGUGUUGCCUGUUCUUGCGAGCACUGGCCGCACGGGUCAGGGAGCUGUGGCCUUUCUCUCUGCCCAGAGGGAAGCCCUACCCUGCUUGGGUAACUCCAGGUGAUGUGUCCUGAGCUCAUGUCACCAUCCUGUGACACCCUUGGAAGCUGGAGGCCUCGUGUGUCUGCAGGCUCUGAAUCCAAAUGACCAGGCACCACCGAUUCCCCUCACCCCAAAGUGACUCACAUCUCAAAUCCACUCCUCCGCUCUGUCCCAGGAGGAUAUCGCCUUGCUCUGCAUGGUCAGAUUUGUCCCAAGUUGGGUAUCAAGGAUGCCGUGGAGAACACAUUCACUCCAAGCAGACAGGGGACCAGGAUGCAACAGGCCCCAUCACCCAGGGCUGCAUGUGCUGCCUCAGUAAAAGCAGCAAACAUUUCUCUAUGGCCUGGGAUGCCCCAUACCCCACUGCUCCAGGCACAGAGUCACCCAAGACUUGGUGGUCCCUGUGACCCUAACCCAACACCUCUACUGCCAUGGCCCUUGGAGUUCCAUGGUGGCUAAAAGAGAGCAGAGCCUGUCUGGCUUGUGGUCACGAGGGUGAUUCUACUGGCCACAUAGCAACUUAGGCCACAAACACUGGACCCUGUCCCCAAACAAGCCUGACUCCCAGAAAGGCAAAUCUACUUUGCAAAUUACAUUGUUUUUCUCCAUUCUCCCUCCAACUGCCUGGUCCUGGUGCAGAAGAAGAGGUUCCUGGUGCUGUCGUAUUGCAAGCAGCUCUGAAUGGACUCAGCCUUCCUUGAUCUCCAUCCAGACUUCCUGUGGUUUCUGUAGGCCUGCUAGAGACCACACAGUGUCCUUCCCUGUCUGUUCUACUCCUUGCUCACGCCCUAAGCCUUGAUGCUUCCAGGGAUCUCCUCCGUCCCUUGCCUAGGCACCAACCAUGCAGGCUCAGCCUCUGGGGUACAAAAGGACAUCAUGCUCUCAGAGAACAUGAAGCCAGGGUGUAUCUCCUGGCUCCCAGCCCUCAUGCCCCUGGCUCUUCCAUGGGCUGGAUGGAAGUGUCACCUGCCAUUCAUUUGGCUAGACAGUGCCAUUUUCUUCACCAAGGAAAGUGGUUUCUUAUUCAAAGAGAGCCCUUUCAGACCUUGUGUGUGUGCUAAUAGCAGCUCUGGGUGUGCAGCCCUUGGAUAUACUUAUUUGAUUUUCUUAUCAGAGGUUAAAUCUUUUAUCUCUUUGCCAAACAGAAAUGUUAAAAGAACAGCACCAGAUUUGGUUGGAGGAGGAAUGGAAGUUAACUUCGGAGAGUGUGAAGGGAAGAGAGCUCACUGCAAUUAAUCUCGUCCAGAUCCAGGUCACAUUCCCAGUAUGGGCUAAAAAACUGCCAGGGAGACCUGGAAAAGACCAUGCGGGAAUGCAGGGGAGCUGUUCCCUUCGUGUAGUUCUGAAACAUGCGCUCUGAGUACUUGACCGUGUAGGGCAGCCCUGCUCGUAAAGCAGCACACAGGCAUCCUCAAGGUCCUUAAGUCCUUAAGUCAAGGUCGGCUGCUCUCAUUAAGGUCAAGGUGUGAGCGAGAUGGAACGCAACAGAAGCUUCUCUCAGGUUCAGGUCUGUACUCCUUUCUCCUCAUCCCAAACUCUGUCCCUAUUGUAGAAGCAACUCUCCAUUUCCAUGCACGAGUCCACCUCUGGAAGAUGGGAGGAGCAGUACUAGCUGCCAGCAAGUGACAAAUGCAGGGCUUGUAAGAAGAUUGCCCCGGGCACCCCAGUUCAAUGUGUGCCUCUGUCAACUGCAAAACGCUGAAAAACACCAAGAGGCAACUCUGCUCUCUCAGAGAUUUCUUCCCAAGCCCCUUACGGGGGAAAAAGAUGAUGCUUACUCGCAAUUCUUGCACUGGCAAGACAAGCCUCUUUCACCCUCAUCCCUAGCUGUUUCACAGGUCUCAUUUCUUGCUUAAAACGCUGCAUCUUGUGCUAUUGGCCAAAUAUCAAAAGACACUGCCUUGAUCCGGCUGUAGCUGUCUCCUCUGCCUGCCUGGUUCUGUCUGCCUUACUCAAUUCUCCCAGGCACCAUCUGCUUCUUCUCGCUUCCUGUGCCUUUCCUUGCAGUGGCUGGCAGGACAUGGCUGGUACCUUCUGGAGCCAAAGGUCACGCGCGCUAUUAACGACAGCCCCCGAGGGCAGCAGACGGAGUGCAGCAGGCAGUCCCCCUGCUCUGGGCCAACACCUUGUGUCAAGGGCUAAGAAUAGACCACAGCGGACAUAAGCAGGCGGGACCUGGGGCCACCUGCUCCAGGCUGCCCCAGCUCAUGCAGAAUAAGGUGUAGGCCCUGUAGGAGAUGCUGUCCUUGCCAAUCCCCAGAUCCCAUGCCAGAAGAAACUGAAGUCAGUCAGCUCUUCUCUGCCCUUGCCCAUAGGGAGGUCUACUCCCAACAGAUCAUCCUAAAACCAAGGAAGACAAAGAAGUCAUCUCCCUUUGGGACAGUGCCAGUUGCUAGCCCAGUGAGCAUCCCUCUGUAGGCAAACAUUGGCCAUCUGUCAUGUGGAUGCAAACAAGCAGUCAUCCAUCAAGCGAACUUUUGGUCUUUUUUGCCACCCAUGGGGUCCUCCGGCCAGAGUGGGCUUGGGAGAUCUGUUCUAGCCGCACAUCUGCUAGGUGCUCUUCUUUAGACCCAAAAAGACGCGGAAGUGACGCAGGCUGAUUCAGGGGCCCCACUGUGAUCACGGAUAACUCACUUCACCUCUCGGUGCCUUGGUUUCUCCAUCUGCAAAGUGGAGACAAAGAAGGCCGACCUCUUCUUUCUCUCCUGCUCAGGGAUGCUGUGAGGAUUCAGUCCACGUUGCCUGGAGCAAAGGUGUUGUGUGAAGGAAGAAUGGUGUCCUCAUUCCUCGGGAAAUGGAAACGCAGGAAGGGGAGGGUGUUUUCCAGGUGUGGUGGCACCCGGAAGCCCCAGCAUGAGCAGGAAGGACAGCUGGACAGGGAAGAGUCACAGGUCCCUUUCGUUCCUCUCUAUUUCACAGCACUGUGAACCCAGUACAGUGGUACCCCAGUCAGGUGAUCCCAUCAGCUGGCUCAAGCUGCCACGGAGUUCUUCAACCAAAUUUCCCACUGUUAAUUCUUCCUAAUGGAUGAGAGUGUAUGUGAAAGGACCAAUCCGAAACCCAGUCUUUAUUGAGCUCUGGGCCCACAAGAGGAGUGAGUGGGGAGGAGCUGGAAAUUGCUUUUUAAGGUGGUAGAAAGCUCAUGGAGAAAUCUCUCUCAUGCCUUUGUUCUUCCUUGCAUCUCUUGCCGCCUUGAGACUCCCUCGUCAAACAGACUCACUUUCUCUUUCCCUCUCUGCAGAGUACAGAAAACAAAGCUUUGUUUUGAAAACAGGCAUCCUAGGAGCCACACGUGUGGGUCCCUCGGUGGGUCUCCAUCACCCUGAUGUGCUGUGAGUGGGGCCUGCAGGCAGGUUUAGAGACAGACAGGGAUGGGGAACACAUCACUAUCUGUGUGUGUUCUAAGUCAGGGUAUCCCCCCAUAAUUAAAAUUGGAAAAGUUAUUCUGAAUUUCUUUUUCUUUCCUUUUUUUUUUUUCCUUUUUACUAUGGUUUGACUGUUAACAUUUCCAAGGAACACUCUGAGCAAGAAAACAGACCCCUCCUAAGAACUUCUGUGUUCUUCCCAGGACCUAACCCAGAGUGAGGGCAGGUGGGAGCCACACUGGACAUUAGCAUUCAGCAGUGCCAACCGUGACACUGACUUCCUAUUGGCUCUGAGAACCUUCCUGGAAAGGAAAAUUCUAGAAGCUUCAACCAUUGUGGAUCAGUCAACCUGGCUCUGGCCCUUUCCUGGAGUUCAGGUGUAAUCUGAUAUAGAAAUUCUCAUCCAAAGAAAAGAAAGAAAAGGCAGGCACCUGCUGAGAGUGCCCAAAAGAACAGCGCCCACAUAGGGCAGGUCUCAGUAGCUUCUGGCAAAUUCUCCUGCCCUUGACUGUGGAGCCCUGACCACAACCCCUUUCCCACCUGCCCUGACUCUGCUCUCCAAGGUUCUCAUUGUUGCUGUGACAGCACAAGGGACCAGUUCCCACUUUGGAAUUCAGUGAAUGACUUCUGUUUGACUGUAUAUCUGAUUGGUCUGUGGCUAAGGCCAAAUCCUGCCGGGAUUUGUUUCCACAAGGUAUUUCUGAUGGUAACCAAAAGGAAGGCAUACAGGAGACCUCAGACUUGACACUCUGCGCUCAUCAGCACCCCUUUUUGCCUGGCGAAUGGACUGUGCGACCUUUGUGUGUGAGAACUUUGAAGACCGCCACGUGCUGCCACAGGGGACCAUGUGACUCAGUAGUGGGAGGAAGAGGGGGGCUUCCGGACGUGUGUGGAAGGCAAACGCCAGCAACCAUCUCGUCAUCACUUGCUACUCUUCCUAGGGCAGAACUAGCAAAACGUAUUCUUUUCACGUGGAGGCAGUUGCUUCUACUGAGUGACAUCUAUAAGUGUUAUUUUUCUUUCCUUACAAAAGGGUCAGAGAGUGCAUCUAAAGAACGAAGAGGCGUGUUCUUGUGUACAGACCAUGCCGUCCGGAGUAAAAAGGCCAGGACUCUAUCCCUCUGCAGACCCAAGUGAAGUCACUCGUGGGGCCAAUUACUCCUGUCGAAAGGGAAGAGUAUUGCUCACCUACCUCACAGGGGUGUUGUGAGGAUAAAGCAAUUCAUGUCUGGCCAGGCACUUCGAGGAUACAAGUAUACUGGUUAUCAAGUUUGCUUCCUAUUUCAAAUCCUUUGGAACACUGAGCACCUGUGGUGUGUAAUGAACCAUGCGGGGGGCAGUGGAGGGUGGGAACACAAUCUAGUUCCUCCACUCUGUUCUGAUUAAUGAAUACUUUAAAAAGAUUAUAAGAGAAUGACAGAAUAAGAGUUGUGUCCAUGUAGAUUAAAAAAAAAAAAAUGAUGGCUGUCUUUCUGCCCCGGAUGGCUACUAACUACUCUUUCUUUCCCAAGAGUUUGGGCAAGGAGGAAGGAUUUUCAGUCCUUUGGCUUCCGUCAGAGGAGCCUGUUCUGAGAAGCAAACAGAUACCAGUUGCUCUACCCUCAUUGCGGGAAAAUGAAGGCAGACAUCAGGGAGAGUGUCCUGUGCCCAGUUGCUGUUUCAGUUACUCCUGGGCUCAGCUCCGGUGUGGUCACAGCCUUCAUCUUCUCUCUUCAGCCCCAGAGAGUGAUCUGCCUGUGCUGUCCUGGAACAGCUGGCUACUUUGUGGGUCGUCUGUUUCCUUGGAGAGUCUGGUACGCUGUUGUUUGCUGGAAAGGCUUGGCUUCCAAAGACAAGGGUCUUCACUAAAAGGCAAAUCUUUUGAGAGGGUGGAGAUGGCCAAGAGGAUGGAUGAGUUUUCAGCAUCUUAGCCUCCUCACAUAAAACAAAGCCUUCUUAAAAUCCUCAUUGGCUUUUCGAUGUACAGAAAGUUCUUCUCUUCCCAAACACGUUCAAUGAGCCGAGGCUGGAUCCCAAAACAUUAAAAAAUAUAACACCUCUCAAAUUAUUUGUAGAGGGUUACGCCAUGAGUUGGCUAGAUUCUACAAAGAGCCAAAGCCACCUACCACGCUGAGCAGAUGGGAGUCCAGUCCCUUCUUGAAGCUUCCCAGAAAUGCUGCUCGAGACUCUCGCAGUAUUACACAGCUUGUGUGCCCGAGUCCUCAGAAGUGUUGCUGCAGAAAGAGCACCCUAGGGUGCUGCCAGGGCCGCCUCUGUGUUUCAGAACCAGAGUGAAACCGCUUGCUAUUUUGAAAAUCAUUAUAUGAUGUGAGCCUUCAAGGGAAGAAGUGAAUCACUCUCUUUUCCUUUCAGAGGGAAGACGGGACAGAGAGAAAGGGAAGCUUACUUUGAAUUGAAAAAAUGACCCUUUGGUUGCACGAAGAGACGUGGGGCUCAGUGGCUGUCCUGGUCCCCUUGUCUUGAAGGCCAGGCCAGAGAGGCACGGGGUGAGCUGCCUUAGGCACCAAGGCAGGACUGAGGCUUUGUGUCCUGUUCCUUUCAAACCAGGGCCCGAGGAAGGGGUGGUUUCAGUUUUGGUGCUGCUGCCUUGCCCCAGAUUGUUCCAAGCAUCUUGGCCAGUUCUCUGCCCUUUUCCUGCCCAUGCUCAUGAGCAGCUCCCGACCCUGGUGUUGAUGUGUGGAUUCCACAAGGCCUUUCUUCUAUGCGACCAGUCCUUAUAUGCACAUUGCUUCAGGUCAGGGCUAUUCAUCCAAAUGCAACCCUCACAGCCUUUCUGCUUGCCUUGACAUCACUAUUGCUGCAUGCUUCCACCAAAUACAUCACCGGCUGCACAGGGAUGGUCAUGCCAGCCCCUGGAGCCAUGGCCUCCAGCGUUGCCAUUGGUCCAGGCCACCUCAAGUCAAGGGCAGGCAUUGUUCCUUCUUUCAUUGAAAUCCGUGUGCCUUUAAAAGGCAUGACCCUGAGUCAUGGUGGAGAUUUUCUGGAGGUGGGAGAGGGCAGGAGAGAGGUACAGAUGGUGUCACUUAAAUAGCUGGGACACUCUCUGAUAACUCUGAAGGCGACAAUGGGCCGCCCAAUGAAAAUGGAAAGUUGGACAGCUCCUGGGGUGUCCGGGGCAUUAGCACAUCCCCUCCAGCCUCACUGCUGCCCACUAACCUUAUGGCACCUGCUUGCUAUUGAUGGCUUACUUCCAUUUUUUAAAAAAGUAUCUUAUAAAGAAAUGAACACACAAGAUGGAGAGAGAGAGAGAGAGAACAUAGAAAACCAUAUAAGCUGGGAGGUAAUCUAAGUUUAUGACAUUAUUCUGGAUUGUGUAGAACUGAGGAGUGCAUGGCCAUAAGACAGUAUUCUAAGUUUACGGAUCACAGCGACUACAUAAAUAAACCAAUCUUGGGCAUACACACAUACACUCACCUCACCCCACCCCCACACUCAUAUGCACCUUAAAGGGCUUAAAAAGAUGAGACAGAGUACCCCAAUGUGUAGGGCUCUCGCCGGACUUGCAAUAGACCCAGCCUAGGUAGACUUUUCUCCCAGGCUCAAUGCCAGGAAGACACCCCGGGCGGGGAUAUGCCUUCGUUUCCUCUGGCAGAGAAGAGAGCCCAUAGCAGGCUUGUGCAGGAUGGAAGACACUCUCCAGUUGCUACCAGGAUUCUCAGCAGUUCACAAAACUCCGGAAAGCAGUUUUCUAAACACCUCCCUGUUUUCUGCGGCGAGCAGACCUGAGCCACUGGUAUAGCAGUCACCAGAGUAGGGAAAGAGAAAGAGGUAUUCUGGGGAACAAGGAGCUUGAUCGCCGCUCUUCUGAGCCAGACAACAUCACGUGCUCUUUGGCUGCCAGGGUUUCUGGCUGGUGGCGAACAAAUGUGCGCCAUGUGGCUACCCUGCAUAGUCAGUAUCUGCAGGUGAGGCUGGGGCUGGCCCGGUGAAGCCACAUGAGGGCUUGGGGAAAGGGCCUCCCCUGCCUAAGUGCAAAGUGCCCCUGGCAAGUCUGAUAGCCCGGAGGCAUCAGAGUGCUUGCUGUGUGAGAGGCUCAGCCAACUCUACAGCAGCAGCAGCAGCAGCCACAGCAAAUGCUGGGUCUGUCAGUGCACUUGGCGUGAAGCAGCCACUGCUGUCCUGGUGACAGAAUUGGCGUGGCCUGAAGGGACAGGCUAUUGGGGUGUGCUAGAAGACCCCUUCCAGAGAAGGGGAGAGAUCGUUCUGCUGGAUUUCAGGGAUGGGGCACUCGCAACACUGUUUCCCGCCCCUACACACCUUCUUUCCCGAGCUGGAUCCAGUCCCAAGGCUCCUGGCUGGAGGAGUGGGAGAGCUGCAGUGGGGUGGGUUUCUCAGAUUUCAGAUCGAAGCUAGUGCUUGCUAAGAUUGCCACCUGCCACCUGAAAGUCCCAGUGUUGGUGUAGGAAGGCCACAGGGUCUGGCCGCAAGGCCUGGAAACCCUUUCAAGCCCAGAUGCCCAGGAACAGCUUUUGAAGUCCCCUCCUCUCAUCUGUCACUCAUGCACAGUCGUGUCUCCUGACACCUGCUGGCUUGGGUGCAGCUGGACGCUGCAGGCUGCCAAGCCAGAACCCCAUCACAUCUCUUCCCUUCCCUCCUUCCACCUGUCCCACGGUAGCCCCAGAGUCACAUGGGCAGCAAACUGACUUUCUGUUUUCUCUCUUAACGUCUAAAUACAUUCCAACUGCCAGGCCAGGAGAAUCUUCUUAGGUCUCCUUGUCCCCGGCCAGACCCCGCUCGCUCUCUCAAUGUAAUGGCCCCAUGAUCUUUCCCCUGAUGGGCUUUUCCAGGACACGACCGUGUUUUCAAGGAAGCUAUUUUCCCAUGGGUGUUAGAGAAAAGCAGCUCAUCAGGGUUGCAGGCAGGCGACCUGGAAGCAGGACAAGGCAAGGUGAAAGCCCAGUGCCGGAGGGGCCCUGCCUUCCUAUAUAGAUGUUUUCUUUUGCUAUUAAAAAAAUCAGAGAUUUGUUACAGAAAAAAAUACUUAGUCAAAAGAAGGAGGGGGGAGGGAGAGACAGCAGGAAGGAAGGAAAGGAAGAAACAAAGAAGAGAGAAAGGGAAGAAAAGAAGAGAAAGUUCUGAGGUGUCCCUGCCGUUCCUUGGUGUCCCUGGGUUUACUGCUCAGAGCCCUGCAGCAGGGCCGAGUUCCUGGCAUGCAUUUUGCAGCCCUGUGUGCCUGGAAAUAGGCCGCAGACCCCAGCCUCUCUGAUUUUGCCCUGUGGAAAUGCCCAGGCUCCCGCGUGCCUGGUCUGUGGCUCUCCCGAUCUCGCAGCCCGCUCCCGGGAGGCAGCCGGGAUGGGACACAGCAGAUCAGAUCCAAUCUCUUUUCUCAAAAUGAUGAUGACUGGGGAGGGCCAUUUUCUUGCAUUUCUUCUGUUUCCCUUGGACACUUUACUCCCACUUGUGUGUCCUGCUUUAACCCGGUGAGCACAGAGGGCGCUGUCACCACUUUACCCAGCAGAACCGGUUGAAUUUCUCAGGUAAAGCACCGCCUUGAGUGCAUGCAAUUUGUAAUUUUCCCUAAAGGGCUAACAAAAUAUCCCCACCGCUCCUGUCCACUCCCAUCACUGCUGUCUGAGAAAUGGAGUCUCUAUGUGGGUUUCAAGGAAGCACUGGUAAGCACCUUUCAUUUGGAGAUUCCAAGUACUCCUACCCACUGAGCAAAGCAUCAGGGCUAUAUCUAAAGGGAACAUUCUAGAACUUGGCAAUUCCAGCCUAAGGGUGGGCACCCUGGUCCAUCUCUUCCAUACCCAAUGAGGCAGGAGGUUUGCGGCGGUAGUUUUGGUCACCUCAGGAAACACCCCUGUGUCCAGCCAGGAUUUCUUUCUUCUUCCCUUCUCCUGCAUGUGUCUCUGCUCUGUGAACUCUUCCCAUAUCCCGAGAAGAGCUGAGUGCACAGAAUAUAGCUUCCAACAGCUCGGACAGAGUCUUCCUUUAUUCUUGAGGUUCCUGGAAUUAAAAAUAGUUUACUGUUAGCUGUAGGCUAACAGAAAGUCUCAGCAGCUGAGCCUCCCCAUCAGCCUCAUGACUGCCUGUCGUUAACCGAAGUCCCAGCCUCAGGGAGCUGAUUUCUGGCCCUCAUCUCUCUGGAGCAGGUCUGGGUGGAGGUGGCUCAGGGGUGGAGGAGAGCCCUAAUGAAUGUGGCGGAUGAUAAAUGGUGCACACUGGGUGCAUGCCUGUGCAGGGAAGAAGAAGCCCUUAUUCUUAAAACGUAAUUUAGUGUAACCUGGCAAAGGUAGUCCUUGCCCAUAAAACAAGAGAGGAUAAAACAAGAGAAGAGAAAGAAGUAGGAAAAUUUGGAAGGGAAGAAGGCUAAGAAUGAGAUCUCAAUCUGUCAUGAUGGAGCAAUCAAAAGACUUCCUGUAGGAAGCCAGUAAAUCUGAGUUCAGGCCCCAACACUCUGGGCAAAUGAUGGAACCUGUUUAGUUACCAGUUUCUUUCUUUUUUUUUUUAAAUAUGGAAAGCUCCACAGAUUUUAUUUAUUUAUUUAAAAGGUAGAGUUACAGACAGAGAAAGGGAGAGACAGAGAGAAAGGUCUUCCAUCCACUGGUUCACUCCCCAAAUGGCUGCAAUGCCCAGAGCUGAGUCAAUCUGAAGCCAGGAGCCAGGAACUUCUUCUGAGUUAAGAGGCCCAAGCACUUGGGCCAUCUUCUACUGCCUUCCUGGACCAUACAAGAGAGCUGGAUUGAAAGUGGAGCAGCCGGAACACAAACUGGUGCCAAUAUGGGAUGCUGGCACCAUAGGCAGAGGCUUACCCCACUAUGCCGCAGAGCUGGCCCCACUGAUUGCUUCAUUACCCAAAUGUACUUUCCAAUUCUAAAAUACCCUGGCUGCCAUGAGUCAGACAGAAACCCAGAGUGCUCUAGUGCAAGGCAGAACUUGAUGACGGCAAAGAGGCUUGAAGCAAGUGCCGUGGCAGGGGCAGCUGGAGGGGCCCCCUCUGAGCCAGCCUGGCCCUGUCUCCCUUCUCCGGGGCCAUGAAUUCCACUUAGCAGAAUGAUGACCAAUUUGGACUUCUCUCCCUUUCUACCACCUCCGUUGGCCAGCAGCCCCAGGAUGGUGGAGGGUGGAGGGCUGGCUCCCCAGCCCUCCCACUGUGAACAGCUCAAACUAUACUUUCCCAUUUUGAUGCCACUUGCUGUGGGUGCUAGAUCUUGGUCAGGGAAAAGGCAGGGACUUGAGGUCAGCAAUAUAAUUCCUGCCCAGAAGGAAGUUCCAGGAACUCCUGGAAGGAGGAAAUGGGCAGAGGCCAUUCUCUCAAAACCCUGGGCAGACUUCUGAACAUAAUGUUAAGAGGAGACCCAGGGAAAGGGGUGGGUGCAGGGGGAUUUUCUCUGUCUCAGGAAUGUGCUAGAACUCUUCUGGGAGAAGUCUUUUGAUUUUUCAUGCUGUCCAUACCCCAGAGGUAGGCUUGGAUAAAAAAAAAAAAUUCAGGUUGUUAGCAGGUGUUAGGGUCCAUUUAUUUGUCUCAUGCUGAAAUGGGAGUAUCACCUUCAGUAUAGACUUGUAUCGGAAUUUGAAAGCCAACUUGAACUAACCUACCCCUGCCAACAAGCUAGAGGAGCCAGAAGGAAAGCGAGAGUUCAACUCAAAUCAGUAUAGGGCAGAGACUCCCCAGUGACCAGGCUCCAACUUCAAGAUAUGCUGUCGCCCAGGUUUGGGAAGAGAUGUCCCUACGCAGGGAGCUGCUUUGGUCCUGGUCUCAUCAGCAACCCGUCACCAUGGGCUUGCACAGGAAGCAAAUCCUGGGAACCUGCGGAUUGCAGGAUGGCUGGAUAGGUUCCCGGGUCCAACGCAGACCCAGAGUCAGAGACGAGCAAUGGCUGAGGGAACUUUGCACCCCAGCCACACCCCACACCCAGAACUUCUUAAAGCAAAAUACAGACUCUCUGUCUGGAGCAGGAAGUGUAGGAAGGGAUAUUUCAAGGCCGGCAAGUAUACUAACAAAAGUUAAAAUACUACUUGGCAUUCACUCUGCAGUCCUCAGCUGCCCUGUUUCUUCUCUGGUUCAUCAGCAGCACACGUAGUUCUUGGUGCUCCCAGAUGGCCAAUGGUUUCCAUUUCCUUGGCCUGUCAAUGAGGAUGGAGUAAAGUUGACUCCAAGUCAACACGCGUGGUUCUCAGCUGUGUGGACUGACGUGGACCUCUGUCCAUCCUCAUUCAUCUAGACCCGGUGCUAUCUGUGGCGAACUGUGCCUAUGGAUGUAAAUGUCUUCAUUUUCUUUUCUUUAUUGUUUUUUCCCUAAUGCGUUGCAACCAAGUCAUUAUGUUAGAAAAGCAAGAUUUUUAGGUAAGACUUUCCUUUUCCCAGUGCAAGAUUUUGGUCCUUUUUCUUUCUUUUUUUCAGAAAGCUUGGUUUCCAGCUACUGAGUUUCCUCCUUCCUUUUGAGAAACUGAAAGGUUUUUCCUUUUCUAUUAGCCAAGAAGAAAAUUCCAUUAAAAAGAACAAGGUCGGGCUCUUUCCUCCCUCUCUCCCUUGGCUUGGAAUGGACAGAUGUACUUGAGAUCUUUUGGAUCCAUGACUUGAGGGUUCUUGCUAGAGAUGGGAGAUUUUUGUUCCCCCCACCACAGAGAAGUCAGGGCAGUGGCAACAAACAAUUUAACUUCUCGAAACCUUGUGGUGCCUUUUCUUGCGGUGCUUCUCUGUCGUGUAAUUCCACUCAAGGCAGCCACUUGCAGCAAACAGCAAUGCCAGUACUUUUCCUUGGUAUCGUGUGCCAGUGCAGUAACAGACUUUAAUGUAUACAUAUAUAAAUAGAUAGAGGUAUAGAGCUAUCACUAUAGUUACAUAAUGAUAUAACUGAGGUUCUGAUGCAGCUUUGGUGGGAGUUGAUCAUUCCUCUACAAAACUAUAUGCUACUCAACCGAAACUCGCGUCUCUCUUGAGCGUGUGGAUGUUUGGAAGGUACCAGCUGAUGAGAUGGGUUAUUCUCCUAUGACAAGUUUUCUUCUUUCUUGUGAAAGUUGCUGUCUCCAUAACAUAGAAUGUUUGAUAAGGGAGUGAAGAGCAGCUUCUUUCGAACUUCCUUUGGUGCUGAUAUUUUACAAAAUUCUUUGUUGGUUCGUUCUGCUUCCCUGUCAGUGGCCAAUAAGCUGCUCUUCCAAAAUCUGGACUGGCCAAUCAGAGGUGGCCAGGAGCAGUCUGGGACUAGGAGGGCUAGGGUUAGGUAUGUCUGACUUGGUGUCCUAACUCUGUGACCUGAGUAAGACUCCCAGACUCAAUUUUCAUGCCUAAAACAAGCAUCCUAUCUCCUUACCUCCAGGAGGAAGGGUGACUUAAAAGGCUUUAGUCUGUGGCGUUGAAUCACUGUAUCACUACUGAUUUGGAGACAGCAACUUGAUGUGUUUUUAAGAUUGUGUUUGUAUGUCGGUAGGAUUUUAAUCUCGGGGUUUGGUUUUGUUCUCCUGUUCCUCCAUCUCUGCUAUGUUUUAUGUCCUCUCUUUGGCAAUACUUGUGAAUAUUGUGUAACUGGUCCGGAUUCACCUAGGGUGUUGGGUAGUGCUAACUUCUCCCAAGGGAACAACAUCACUAAUACUGUAUAAGGUGCUAGAAUCAAACCUCAUUUUAUAUACUUUGGUUCUUAGAGAAAAACAAAACAUGCAGAAUUCUUUCUGUGAAGCCUUACUAUAGAUUGUCAUAGCCAAUUGUUUAUCCAAAAAGCAAGAGAGACAGAAUAGAAAUUAAGGGCAAGAUGCAGAGAUUCUGUAUAAAAUGUAAUUGAAAGACCUUUGCUAUUUCCUAUAUUAAUGUAAACUACCAUAAAUAUAUCUGUAUGUAUAUAUAUGUAUGUACAUAUAUAUGCUUGAAGCAGAUAGAAAGAAUGGAAAAAUGUACAGUAUGCUCAUCUUUAUUUUACUUUCCAGCUGUUUCACAACUCUGUAUAUGUGCGAGGGAGGUGGCAAUGGGGAUGGGAUGGGAGAUGUCCCGUCUAAUGCAGGAAACCAUUCAGAUGUGUGUUCUGUUCCGUGUGUUGUCCGAAGGAGGAGGCUGAGCCAGGGUAAAGGGCACAAUGUGUAGAUCCGCGUUCUACAUGUUCUGGACUUGGCUGUGACUCGUGUCCUUUCUUCCUUACUCCGAGGUUUCUCAACAGUGCUGUAAACUGUCUGCUGCCUAAGGCGCUGACAAGUGAUGGCUGCCUCAAGGAAGGUUAACGAGAGGGGCAGUUUUCUUUCCCCAACUCUGAAAAAACACUGACUCCACCCCUCCCCCAACCAAAACGUGACUGCUUUCCACCGAAGUUCAGUGCGAGAAUCGAACCAUUUCUGGUGCUUUUCCUUUGUGCCCUCAGCUCCCGACCCCCGUAACCCUCCUUUAGUUGCUGACGAAGAAAAGAACCUGAGGGAUGAGUUUGGACCAAAAGCAGGGGUCAGGAUGUCGAGAGUGUAUUGGUGAAUCCAAACUUGGCCAGGAUGAGGGCGAGGGGUCCUUUCAAAGGCUGGCUAUGUAAUUCAGGUGUUUAGUGCUGGCAUGUGUGUGUGUGUGUGCGUGUGCACGUGUGUGUGCGCUGUAUAUAUGUUUUGACGUACGAAAUGUCUGGUGGACAGAGAACAAAAUACUUCAACCAGAAAUGAACAGAAAACAAUAUAUAUCAAAUGCUAUUUUAUCAGAUGAUGCACUUGUUCACCUUGAUGAGAAGCCACUGUUUCACAACUAUGCAAUCUUCCAGUCUCUCUUCCUUCCCUCCUUCACCUCAGAUUUCCAAACUGUUUUCCAUACCCCUCACAGAUUUUUUCCUUUAUACAAGAACCACAGUAUCCAAUCCCUGGUUCAAGGUGAGCAUGCUACAGUUGAUUCUUUUCCUAAAUUUAAGAGCUAAUGGGGAAAAAAAAAGAUUUCAUUUUCUUUGAUUUGAAAUGAUUUUAUGUAACCCUGUUUGGUUCUGUAAGUGAACUGCUGUGUAGUUUGUGUUGGGUUAUAUGUUUACAGCUUGUUUUCAUCCUCUUCUUGGUUCAAGUACUUAUUUUCCUUAUCAAUUCUACUUUUUAAUAGUAUAUGUUUUGGGGAUGUGUUGACUUAAGGCAAGAACAAAUUUGGCUUAAGUGGAACAAUGAGCAUGUGCCCUCUGGGGCUGGGAGGUGGGAAAUAAUGUGCACCUGCAGCUUCAGUGGUCCCUAUAUCCUGGUUAAGGAUAAAGACCAUGGCAGGUAUACUCUGGGAAGGAUUUGACCUGAGUGUUUUUCUUUCCUUGUUUGUGGUCAUCUAAAUGGAGUAACAUGUCCCCAGGGGGUGAACUAGUGUUUUCUGCCUUGGCUUAGGCCAACUGCAACCUUCCCAGCUACUCUACCCAGUCUCUCCACUGUACCCAGUGCCAAAGCCCACCUCCCUGCCCCCACACCGCUGUCUGCUCAUACCUUUCCUCCUCUGCCAGCCACUGACAGGCAACUUGCCCUUUAGUGGGGCUGAUGCAUCUGCUCUCAUUCUGAAAGCCGGAUAUCAAGGGAGUCCUUGAGAGCCUGCCGUGGAAAGUGCUCAGGAAGUCAGCCCUCAGACCGCAUGCCAAUUGGAGGCAGCAGACACAUACUCCCAGCUAAUGAGGAGUACAGCAGGUUCUAGCACAUUUCUAAACUGCCAGAAAGCCAGUUGGGUUGCCUUGGCAUUGCCUUCUCAAGGCCUUGAAAAGGAGUGGCAGGGAAGAAGAGAGAUCACGGGGUUACACAAAGCACAAACUAGGCAGGGGAAGCCCUGCACGCAGAGGCAGCUUCUUGCCUUCUCGGGUUGAGACCCUGCACAAGUCUGAGUUUUUCUCACGGUUUACAAAUCUUGCACAAGGUGGCUGAGCCAUCCAAGACAGUUUUUAAAAGAAAUUCAGACACUGCCUAACUGCUCCAGCACAAACUGCUCCCACUCCCCAAUGGGUGGGAGCUUCGAUGGGAUUCCUUUGGAAUGAAAAAGGACAUGGAUCCUUCAGGGGAGUGCAUUUUCUCUGUUGGCCUCAUUCCUCACCUCCCUUCCUCCUACACAUUCUCUUAGCUACUCAGGGGAUCUAAAUGAAGUGCUGCUCAUUUGCUUUUGUUCUGUUCCCUAGAUUGCACCUGCUGAGAGGCAUCCCAGGAAUCUCUCACCCAUUCCUCCUCGGUCCUCCUGAGAAGGAGAUCCUCUCACCCUUUGAUGUAGUAGUAGUAUUCUGGAGACCUCUACGCUUAGCCUUGAAUUUGGCCCUGCUCAACUAACCCCCAGGAGUCUUUUCCAGAAGCUUUCCUGUCUUUCAAGUUAGAAAAUCCCAUGGGGACCAGCUUCAGGCCACAUGAAAUUUUUUCACCCCUGGAGGUCCUCUCAGAGGUAGCCAAGUUCCUGCCCUGUGACCUUGUUCUUCUCUGGCCUGCCCCCUUGAUGCCCAGGCACACCCACAGAUGGCCUCAGAAAUCCAAAGGCUCCAAGUCUCUCCAGAGGUUCAGGGUUUGCAGCAAAAUGAAGAGGGGCUGGAGGGUGGAAGUGGUUUAGAUUCCUCCCUUCUUGCCCAGGGCCCAGUUGGAGCUCUCAACACCCACUUUGGAGCCAUGAUCUCUUUGGACCUGCCUCUCUCAGAAAAGAUAAGCCCACCUCUAAGGGCUGUGGCAUUGUUGAGUUUCUGCUACAGAUCUAGCCCCCAAGGAACCUGCCUGUGCAGAGGUCUGCUGGUUCAUUACCAGCAUAGACAGAACCUUUGCUGAGGAAAGCCUUCUCAUAGGACGGAUGAGACCUAUUGUGUCAUUGGGGUUGGCCCUUAUGUAAGUGCCCACCAUCAGCCAGCACCUGAGAUCCUACAGAGCCUGGAGGUGUACAGUUCCAGAUGCCAGGGCCAGGGCAGCCAGGCUUAUCCCAGAGCACUCCCAGGCCAACUGCUUCUGAAGAACAAAAUCUAGGCAGAGCUGUGCUUCCUCUGAUGGGUGUUGGGAACAGUUCCUUUAGAGUAAGGCAGAAUUUAGCAUCAGCAGAGUCUCAGGAACAUCAGGUGUCUAUGUAAGUACAAGAUGACCUGGGCAGGCUAAAACCACUGUAUGUGGGGAAGAUAAAAACCACUGCAGAUUCCUAAUCCAGGGAAUGAAAUGUCACAAAAUAGUAAAGCCUAAGAAAGUGAUCAUCAUGGCCAUGUGAACUGACUAAAGAGGAGAAACAGCAUAGGCAGAGUGCUUUUGGGACGGGAGAACCCACAUUCAGCCGACGUUAGCUGGGUGCUGAUGAGGGGGAAGGCUCCGUGCUAGGCGCCUUCACACAAAGGAUCUAGCUUCGAUUCGUGUGAACAUCUUGCAAGGGAGAAAUCCCACUCCAGUUCCCUAAUGAGGAAACAGAGGCUCAGGGAAGCUCAGUGGCUUGCAGGGGGCUGCGCAGCCCGUGAAUGAGUGCCAGUGGGGUCGGAUCUGAAUAUUUUGGGUUCUGACCCCUGCGUGAGGAUCCUAUUUGCCUCUCUCCCUGUAACUCACAGUGAUCAGGUGGCUCGUGGUGCCCAGCAUGGACUGUUUGAGACCGAAGCCAAGAGCCUGAGCUUUUUUGUUUCCCUUUGGAGAGCUGUAAAAGCGAAGAGAAGAAAAGGGGAGCUUAAGGGACUUGAUGUAGUGACCGUUUAUGAAGCAAGGUAUCCCCUUGGGACAGGACUUCUGUUUCCAUCCCAGAUAUGACUUCUUCAGUUAAGAUCCUGGGAACUUUCCUAUUAGGCCCUUGCAAUGUCUGUUUUGGUUGUCCUGAGAAUCUUAUUGUCUCCUUUCUGGUUUUGCUUUAUUUUCAUUUUCUGUGAUCUGAAGAGAUGACAUCCAGGUAACUGGAUUUGUUCUCUUAAGGAUCCUGUAGAAGAGCUGAACAGCUGGAGUUAGGACAAAUUAAGUAAUUUAAGCUUCUCUGUGCCAAUUUUGAGUAGGUUUUUCAAAUUCUUUCUUUAAUUUUUUUGAAAGGCAGAAAGAGACAGAGAGAGAAAGAGCUCCCAUCCCCUGGUUUACCCUACAAAUGCUCACAACUGCUAGGGAGGAACCAGGCCUAAGCCAGGAGCCAGGAACUCAAUCUCGGUGGCAGGAACACAAGUGCUGAGCUGCCACUGCUGCCUUCCAAGUUGCUCGUAAGCAGGAAGCUAAAACUGAGAGCAGAGCCAGGACCUGAACCCAGGCAGUCUGAUGUGAGAUGUGAGCAUCUUCAGUCAAACGCAUGCCCUUUGAGAAGGUUGUUGAAGACAGCGGCUGUGAUGAGGCAGUGAGGAAGAGGAAUUUGAGACUGGAUGCAGCAAGUGAGCCCUUGUGCCAGGAUGAGGAUGGGGGCACCUGGGGAUGAGCUUAGCUAGGGCCUAAGAACCAUGUCUAGUUCUGCCCUCACCAUUCCUUGGCCAGUCUCCUGCCUCCCGUGAGCCUCAUUUUCCCCAUCAGGUGAGUCUGAUGACCUCUGUGAGCCUCUGGUCCAAAUAAAACAGUAAGAGUAGGAAACUCAUUUGAUGAAGUCUUGACCAAUGAGCUGAUACCUUGAGGUUUAGGAAGAUAACAACCACAGCCCUAAGCCAAGGAGUGGAAUGACCAGCAUCAAAAUAAUGGGCCUAAGAAAAUGUGUUCAUGGCCAAGUGACCUGAUUAAGAGGAAAACCAACAUAAAUGAGAGGAGGAGAACUCAAGAGAGAGGGAAAGAGGAGGGGAGAGAGAGAGGAAAUGGGCAGGGAAGGGUAGAUGGAAGUGAUUUGCAGGAAGGGUGUGGUGAGACUCAUAACAUGCUCCCUUCACAAUCAGCCUCCUGCUUUGCAAGUUUAUUGACAGCAGUGAUGCAGCAAGGCCUCCUCGGACUGAGCUCAUGUGUGCCCACAGCACGCCUGUAAUUCUUCCAGCCACAACAGUUGGCCAUGGGGAAACCCUCUAGUUUUUGAGCAGAGCUGAAGCUUCUUCAGAGCACAAGGGGCAGUGGGAUCUCAGGGUUUGGAGAAGAGUUGGAUACUACCUAAGUUUUGCUCAUCCAUGUUGUCACAGACAAAAGGAUACCAAACUGACUCUCAAAGACCCCUAAGGACAAGAGCUGCUCACCUGCACUCACCAUUGAAUACCUUGUAGUCACAUAGUCCUUGGAGUUGGUCCGAAUGCUGUCUGUUACAAUCUGGCCGAGUUCUGUUGAUUUGGGUGGCUUAGGAAACAGAGACCUGUUCCCUGGAUUAAUGAGCUUUUGGACGCUUGGAAGCACCCUUGGCCUCACCAGGAACUCUUGAAGGCAAAAGUGGAACUCACACGCUCACCUUGUCUUUGCCUUUUGAAUUGAAUGCUCCAGGCAGACAGACACCUGGUCCCCCAACCUCUCAGCCCACGAAGCUGGAGACAGCGGCCCACCCUUGCUGUGACCACACAAAAUCAGAUCAAUUCGUUUUAGUUUCUUUGCCGCUGGGGCCAACAUUUUAUGUUCAAAACUCAAAUGUGCAUCUUCCCUUGAGAUGGGCCAGGGAAGGCAGGAAGAGACCCCCGGAUGUUGCCUGGGAGAUGUGUAUUCAUAGGGUCUCCAAAGCCCUGAGAACACUGCCCUUACCUUCUCUUCUGUCCCAAACUGAUCCUCUUACCGUGUUUUCUGAAAAUGCAAUUCAUCCUGAAGGAUGCCCUCUGAACGCCCAGUGCCGUGCUUGGCAUUGGGAAGACAAAGCAGAGAGACUGUCUCUUUUGUUCCUUGUAGUCCAGCAGGGAGAUGAAGCACAAACACAUGGGACAGUCCAGUCAACAGUCAGGCUUCUGGGAGACAGGACAUCCUAUUUGGCACGGGCCAACUUCGCACCUCCCCAAGGUGCUCAUUGCUUCUGCUCCCAUCUUCUCGCUCAAGUGGUCUCCAAUCUUCCCCACCUCCCCAGAGGAACCAGGCAUCCCACCUAGACCUCUCAGUCUUCUCUCUGACCUGGCCUGCAGCUGUUCCCAGCUCUUACUAAGUAGAGCAAAUCCCACAGAACGUAGGAUCGUGUCCAGAGUGACAGUAACUAUUAAAUAAUCCAAGGGAGCUUGAUUUCAUUCAGGACUUAGCCCUACAGAUAGAUCUGAGCCUCAUUCCUCCCUUAUUUUCUCUAGGAUCUUGGAAACUUCUAGUCUUAGAACAAACAAGAAAGGUACUCUUUGCCUUCCUAGUUGGAGUCCCAUAGAUCUCUCCUAGCCACUGGUCUGAGCUGACCCUUGCUUGGUCUGCUGUUUCCAUGGUUCUGUUCUCCUAGUCACUGCCUCAACCAGCCAGGGGUUCUCUCCUGCUCCCUUCUCACUCCAUCCUCCUUCCAUUCAGGAUACAGACAUGAGGAUGAGAAGGGAGCUGGUCUCUGCAGUAGCUACCACUGCCUGAUGAUGCAUUUGAUGGUGAGAGUGCAUUUAUAGUUAAGAUAAGGCUAAAGAUGGCUUUCUCAGUGACCUGUUAAGCUCUGAGAAAGAGCUGGAAGGGUUCUUAUUGGAAAUGAUAAGGAGAAAGAGACUAUCCCAGGGGUCCCCAACUGGUAGGUGCUCCUUGCUUCCACCACUCUGAGAGCAGAUGAACUUGGACAGGCAAAGCUUGCCAGAGACUUCAUGGCCAAGUUGAUUUCCAGCCAGCAUGUUCCAAGAGCCCUCAAAGGCUAGCGGUUCUCAUCACAGUAGCUGCAGAGGUGAGGGUCACUCCAACCCCACCUGGCAAGAAUACAUAGAACAACCCUGUGGGAUGGUUACUCCUAAUUGAACAAGUUAAGAUUAUUUUUUUUUUCCUGGGCACAAAAGCAAAAAUAAAAAUGUUGUUAAUUUUGCCAGGUUUGCAAUUGAACACAUUUGAUUCUUCGACUUAAAAAAAUUUUUUUUCUAUUUUGAAGCAGGUAUUUUCUAAUGAGGCUUAUUUUUGGAUUUGAGAUCACUGGGCUUCUUGCCCUGUGAAUCAAUGCUUGCUGCUCUGUUGAAAAUGCAUACAUUGGUGACCACAGUAUUAAGCCAAAUUUAAAAUCUUUAGUCUCCUCCAUCUGUAAGUGUUAUGUAUCUACCUCAUUAUGAUUUUUUUGGUUUCCUGUGCUUUCGUGUUGUGUACAAUGUCAGAGGUGAAAUGUAGAUAAAAAUAUAUAUAUAUAAAAAUAUAUAUUUUUGCUUUGCAAUAAAGUUCAAAGCUAUAACACAGAAUAUUCAUGAAAUGUCAUAGCCUUUUAUUGUGCUCUGUCUUCUUAGUUGUGAAUUGUCCUCGGGAGCCCUUUUGCCUAUUCACGAGAGUCAAUAUUGUUGUGUUUUGUCAUUUGAUGAAUUAUUCUAAUUAUUUUAACUAUACUUUUUUUGACACAUUGAAUAAGACACUAGGAUUCUUGAACAACUCUUGGUUUCAAAGGUGCUUUAUUUCUGUGGACUCAAGUAAUUGCAUGGAAGGGAAGUGUUCUGCAGACUUGAAUCUUCCUGAUAAAAUUAUCAACUCCAGCGCCAUUGGGUGUUGGGUUUAGAAUGAAAGAUUUGUGCGUAGGGGGAAAAAGGAAACAUUGAUUUGGCUUUGACUUUUUGAAGUUUUCAAUGAUAAUUUUAUGUCCAGCUUUAUUUUUUUAGUUUCAAUUUCUUGGCAUGGAAUAUGGUACUCACGGACUCCCUUGCAUUCUUGUCUGAUUUGGCUGCUUUUGACUUUUUUGACUGCCGUUUUCUCUGGGUUGAUAGCAUGUGUUGUACUGUUUGUGGUGAACUACCCUGUACCCAGCCCCCAACUCUUCUCUAAACCUUUGGGAACUCUCUUCCAUACCAUGUGUUCAGAGGGAUGGUGAUUUGGAAACAUUUGUAGUCUCCAAGCCAGUGAUGCUGUAAAGACUCAAGUUUUCCAGAAGAAUCCUGAAAAAUUGCAGGACAGGUUCGCGGGACCUUGAAUAAAAGGUGGAUUGUCUGCCACUGAUUUUCUAUGUGUUUGAACAGAAUUCCUUUUGUUUAGCUAAGCACAACUAGGUCGUGAGCACUAGAUAAUUUAUAUGGUUCAAUAACUCUUGUUUUUCUGUGUCUUUGGCCUAAAUACGUAAGGCUUUUCUCAGAUUUAUGAAAUAUGUUUUAAAUGGGAUGAAGAAAGGUCUAUAAUCUACAGUAAUAAAAAAUCCUUACAAAUGAUAAUUCAGCAAAACCCUAUACAUGUUUUAUUAUUCCCCAGCUCCUGGGAGCUGGGAAAAAGUGUAAUUGAAGGGGGAAAAUCAUUUCCACAAAUGAUAACUUUUUCCCAUAAAAUACAUACAAUGAAUGGGACAAAUAAUGAAAAAAAAACCCUGAGGUUCAAUUUCAUAAUAUGUUAGGUUUUCUUUUUUCCUUCUGAUGGUCAUAAAGAAUUGCUGGUGUGUAUGAAUGAAUAACAGACAUUUUAACUUGUAUUGGGGGAGGUUUGCUUUGUUCUUUAACAAUGCUAAACUGAUGUUUGAAAACAAUUCUGCCUAGGUUAUAUUUUGCUGUUCUUGGCUAUUUCUCUCUCUUUUUAUGGUAUAAUGGUCUGUCUAUGAAUUGAAAUGCAUAUAAAAUGUGUGCUGAAGGUGGAACACACUGGUGUUGUUUGAAGGGGAAAAGUAUAAUGGUAAAUAUAUAUUGUAUGUAUAUACACAUGUAAGUAGGUGAGUGGGAGUAUGUGAUAUAGCUACACACAUAUACAAACACACAUGUGGGCACAAGGACAAUAUGCUUCCAGAGUUGGCUUUUGAUUCUGAGGAAUUUGCCACCUCACUGAGCUUCCCAAGAUUCCAGUAUUUCCUUUGAAAUAACUAAAUGUUUAAGAAAUGCCUUUUUUUUUAGGUACUAGAAAGCACAAUUCUUAUUAUUCCCUAUUCUUUUGGUAAUAUAGCUAUGGUGGGUUCAGAGGAGCCUCUUUUAAGGUGGAUUUUUGCGGGAUCCUUUCUUGCAUAUCCGUCUGCCAUCCCACCCAACAUCAAGAGAAAGUUACCUGCCGAGCCACCUACACCUGCCUCUGUUGACUCUGCCUUUCUGUGAAUCUCAAUUCCCCAAUUUUUCCAUAGAGGAAGUUGUUCACAGGAGACCCUUCUGAAGUUUGAACACUGGUGAACACUGGGCUGCUUUCUCUCUCCAUGCAGGUUUAGGCCGUCUCCAUCCUUGGAGUCUCCCUCCCUGGACACCCAUACCCUUUGUACCCUACCCAGGGCACAGAUGACAGGAAUUAUAGAGCUACUAGAAGGAACUUCUUGCCAUCUCUGUGGUAGAGGUAUUUCAGGUGCAUGUGUUGGUGGCUCAAAGCACAGGUUCAAUCCAUUUCUUAAAGAGGAAGAGUCCAAGUAGACCUAACUCUACAGGGAACCCAAGAAGACGUCAGAGGACUUCUGACCCUGGCCAGCCAGUUUUGUUCAUGUCAUGAUCUUCUGCUUGCUCAUGGGAAGAGUACCCUUGAUUGAGAGAGAAAUUCCUGGAUUGUCAAAACCAGUAUGGAGAGGAAGGAAAGAAAGCUGGGCUUAACCUCAUUGUUAAAAAUGUAUUUUCUGCUCUGCCCUUCCUUUUCUGUCCAGAGACACGUCUCUGCACGGUGGGCUGGUCCUUAGGUUUAACCGUUUUUGGGGGGUUAUUGUGGGGAGUUUUCUGCACUGCCAUGAGUUCACUGUGGUUUUUUUUUUUUUUUAUCAUUAUUACCAGUAUGAACACCUCUUUGCUCCCUAGAAGGGACAAAGGGCUGUCCCAGGAUUUGAUCAUUCCAAAUACAGAUUCUUUCAGUCCUGUUAAUAUGUAGUAGUUACUCUUAAACUUCUGGGGAAAUACCCAGUUUGGAGUCUUCUUCCCUAACCAAUUUCUGUGUGGCCUGGACAAGGGCAAAUGCUAGGCCUGAGGAAAGUAGAAGUCACUGAACUAGAGGUAGCAGGAAUAUUUCAAUGGGGUGUAGCAAAUGUCGCAAGAGCUUCUCUGACCCUGAAUUCAAAGUGUUGUACACAUUUGACCUUAGACUUCACAAGCUACUGGGUCUGCCAUGUACUGACCUUCCCCGAAAGGACAAGGUAAUAAAUUUAUUCAGAUAAUGAAUUUAUUUUGCUCCACAGGAGCUUUCUUGUCAUAGCACUAUUCCCAUUUCAAAUUCAGUCUAUCAAUUGACUAUCAAAUACUUAUUUAACACUCACUAUACCAAGUAUAGGGCUAUAGGGAUCUAAAGAAAAAAAAAACCCAAGGAAUUUAAUAGGAGAAGCAAGAGAUAUACAUAAAUAACUCUAAUACAGAGGGAAAAAAAAAUAGGGUUCAAAGAGUGGUGCGAGGGACUACAGGCAUCCAGAACAGGAAGUGAUACAGGAAGGCUUGAAAAGACUGGCGCUUAAGGUGGAUUUUGAAGGAUUCAUGGGCUGUAUGAAGACAGGAAUAGAGGGCUAGAUGUGUUCACCAUCAUGUUGCAUUAAUCAUCCACUUAAGAUGUUGAAGACUGUCUGAUGAGAAAGCAAGACAAUUUCCAGAAGCACAUCUUUAAACCAUACUGCCACUUCCAGUGUUCGUUAACACUCACCCAACCUUGUUGACCUAACAGUCCCUAAGCUGCACCUAGAUUAACUCUGGGUUUUCCAAUGUGAUCCAAGGAAUGGCUCAUUAGGGCCAAUAACUACACUCCCUCGUCAAAGGCUUCAUGGACAUCCUCCAGAGCUGGGCGUGUGGGUGCUCAUAUGUAUUCCUAUGUGUGCCUUGGCUCACAGUUUCGUUCCCUGCAGAUUUGUUAUAUCUAAAAGCCAUCUUUCUGGUCCUACACAUAUUGUGGAAGUCAGGAGGAAUGAGACUUGAAGUGGACAUUUGUAUAUCUUCACCAGUGGGGGCACAUCAGAAAACCAUUUGUUAAUGGACUACUCAGUGUUUGAUUUCUGGGACCAAUGAGUUUUUAAGGCCAGGGGGGAGAAAUUUUAAUAAGGAAUGAAAUUCCUGAAAGCCCAAAGCUGCCCAAGAGACACAGAAAAGCCCAGUCUCUGUUUAAGAUUUCAGCACAAUGCUAGUCAGGCCAAAUUUCUGGACCUGACCACAAACACACAACAGCUGAGAGUGUGCACCACAGCCACGCAGAAUGACUUGAGCCGUGCAAACUUGAUCCUGCGUGGGCACUUGCUGUAACAGCCUAAGACUGCUCUUUAUGGGCACAGUAUGUUAUAAUGGGGGACUCAGUCAUUGGAAUUUGGGAUAAGGCCCAGUUUCUCCUUAACUUUGUGGAAUGGUUUCAGGUCUUUCCAGAUACCAUGAAAACACACUAAAAAGUAGACCAAGAAAAAUAGUUUUUUUCCCAGUGGUCUACAGUUCACUCAGAUUCUCCCAAAGUUUGCUCAACUUAUUUUCAUGUUCUGAGAGUUCACACACACACACACACACACACACACAGCUGUUCAGACAUUGGAUGAAAGAUGCAAAGACACAAAGAAUCAGGACAAGUCUGGGAACUACCCAUGGAUGGCUCUGUUCCUGGAAUUGGCAUUUACCAUUCAAAAUAUUUCCUGGCCUUAGGUACAGACUUCAGAUUCUCAGCUUGUCUGAGUAGAAAUCCAGGAGAUGGUGGCUCUGAACUUUAGAACUUAACUAAUAGAACAAAUUGUAUAGGACUUGCCAAAUUCCCUAGUGUGUGGUUCAUUAUAAUUAUUGUCACUUUAAGACCCCCCAAAAUAAUUCUAUCAUUGCCAACCUGUGGCAUAGAACAUUUUCAGAAUGGGUAGGAUGGUGGCCACCUGCAAUCCAUGGAGCUAAUAGAACAGCCAAGUCAGCUCAGCAUGCAUUGAAAAAGAGCAGACUUCUAUGUUGCACAAGUCAUGUUGGCCUCCAAACUUCAAGACAUUAAAUUUUUUUUUGACAGGCAGAGUUAGUGAAAGAGAGAGACAGAGAGAAAGGUCUUCCUUCCGUUGGUUCACCCCCAAAAUGGCCGCUAUGGCUGGUGCACUGUGGCCGGUGCACUGUGGCCAGCUUGCUGCGCCGAUCUGAAGUCAGGAACCAGGUGCUUCCUCCUGGUCUCCCAUGCGGGUGCAGGGCCCAAACACUUGGGCCAUCCUCCACUGCACUCCCGGGCCACAGCAGAGAGCUGGACUGGAAGAGGAGCAACCAGGACAGAAUCCAGCGCCCCAACCGGGACAACCCGGGGUGCCGGCGCCGCCGGCGGAGGAUUAGCCAAGUGAGCUGCGGUGCCAGCCUCAAGAUAUUAAAUUUUGACAGUUCUCUUUAUCACCCACCAGCUGGGGUUCUGCUGAGCCUGACCACACAUGCACAGCCCCUGAGUGUGACACGGAGACCCUCACUAUCUUCUGUGUUCCUUGCACACCAUGUCAUCUACUCACAAAUGUGUCACUUAAACUGUCAUUCCUCUCAGAUUUAACUCAUAGUGGCUGAGCCCUUGCUUCAUACCAAUUUGCUAGUGUAUUUCUAUAUAUUUUCUUAUUUGAUUUACCUAACUUAUUCUUUAUAAUGACCUUAUUAGCUAGAGGGAUAUAACAUAUAGCUGUGUUUUACAGAUAAAGAAAAGGAGACUUAGGCAGUUGAAUAGUUUCCUCAGCUUCCCUGAAUUCAUGAGAUGAAAACCUCAAUGUGAGCUCAGUGGUCUUCAUUGAAAGCUCCCUGCCUUUUCUCAUUACUCUGACUAUGUACUCUCUUGCAAACUGGUGGGGGCGUUUUACCUUUCUUUUUGUUCUCCUGCCUAAUUAAACUUUGAGAGUGUAUCCCUACAGUGGCACCUUUUUACCCUGACCUGCCACAGCCAAGGACGGCUUGACCUGUGACGUAUAAACAACUCAUCUUGAGGAGCCAAAGACUAGGGGCCCUAGGGCAUCAGCUCAACUCUCUAACAUAUGGAAAGACAUUUUUCCUUCUUUCCAAAGAUUUUUCCUGAAAAAAUGCCUAACAGAUCCUAUGAGAACCUACUUUUGAAGUCAACUGAUGUUUUUCUGAGCUCUCCCAGGAGGUCCUUUCAGUGGGAUUCCUCCAUGUUGUAGAGAAGGGGUCAGAGCGUUGAGAAACCCAAUAAUUUUUUGGAGCUCAGACUGUUGAAAAGCAGUGAAGCUGUGCAUCCAACAAAAGUCACUGUCAUCAAAUUAGUUGCCCAGGAACUGGGCUUCAGAGAGCUUGAGAAGACAUCACUUUCCCUCUUGACAGCUGUCAAAACUGGCAGCCAUCAUUCAUGAGGCUAAAGGAAGAGAUUCUCUUUAGAACCAAGGGCUCAGCCAUAUUCCUGAACUCUUGCACAGUCAAUUCAUUUUGUUCUUUAGCUGAUCUUCUUACUUACUCAUCAACAGCAAAGAUCUUAGGCAUGUAAUAGACCCUUUCCCCAAGAAAUGCACAGUCUUGUAGGGAGGCUAAAUCCUAGAGAUAGGACUGAAAGUGGUGAAUACAAAUAAAUCUCUCUGAAUUCAAUGUAAAGGAAGACAACUUAGCACGCUUGGGCUCGGAGAAGGACAUGGCAUGGCGGGUGUCAUGAGCUCUCUGCCUUCAUCUGUCUUUCUGAAGGACAGCUGAGCAUUCCUUAUAGACAGCAUAUCCUGAGUGUAGGACAUUAGGUGCUGUUUGUGAGAAACAAUGAACAUGAUGUAACCCUACUCUGCCUCUCCUUUCCCUAGAAGUAACCCCCAGAAUGCACCAACACGUUGACUCCCUUGACUGCCAGUUUUGAACCAUUCUCAAAAGCAAUACUGUCUUAAGAAAAAAUGGCUUAACCAGAAAGAGGAGACAAAAAGAGGAAGAGAAUAAUGAAAAGAUACCUCUUUCUUUGAUAAAGCUUGUUCUAGAAAGAGAGUUGCUUCACCCAUAACUGUUCACCUUAACAUACAAACUGAAGAAUGGGCCCCUGUACUGCCUCAUUUCGAGGACAAGUAGAAAACCUGCAACUCAACAUCCUUAGAGCAUUCUGGCUAUUGUUAUUAGUCACAUUUCUUCAUGUCCACAAACUAUAUGCCUCCAUCCUGGGUCUUAUGGACUUACAAAGUUUAGGUUAAGUGGUAUGCUAUUAAUUGAUUCAUGGGUAACAGAACAAAGGAGAAAGAUAUUCUCUUAGGGACAGCCAAAAGAGAAAUGAGACCUAUUAUUACAUAGCGGUUGCCACAGGUCUUGUGUUAGCCACCUAACCCCAAAGAUUCCUUGUGAAAUAAGAAGCCCUAUACUGAUCCAUAAUACCCUUUAGGCCAACACAAGUUCUCAUCAGUCUUGAAGAAAUGAUCCUUCCUCGUCACUCUUCUAUUGUUGUAGCAAUACUGAGAUAUGUCAAAUGGUACUUUUUCAAAGCAUGCCAUAUCCAUUGCACUCAUCACUUAACAGGUGCCCCAUUCUAAAACACAGUAUAUUUAUCUCCAAGUAAGUCUAUUUGAAAGCUAAAUAUUAUGUCAGUAGUGGGUAGUUUUUUUGAGAAGUCUUCACUAUUUAGCAACUAUGAAAAAUACUGAAUUUUUUUUCCUUCUGGAAAUAGGUAUUAUUUUUUCUGUCAUCUCCCAGUUGGAAUUAGCAACAGGACCACUAAAGGUCUACCAUGAGUUUAUCAGAGAUUUUAUUUAAAAUCUGGGCAAAACUAGGGGGAGAAUGGGUUCUCGACAUAGAAGCGCAGCGAGUUUAGGAGGCUUUGCUGUUGCAUUCCAGCACCACGGAAAGCUGUGUGGUCUAGACCUUCCUCUUCCCCAAGCAGAGUCUCACCACUCUCUACAGUCCAAGGACAGCAGCUGGAGUACCCACUCAUGAGCUCAAGCAGUUUUCUCUUCUGUGAAAAUGAAGGUGAUACAUCAGGGUCCCAUCCGAUCCUAAAGUUCACUCAUUCCACAGAUGAGAAAAAUAGUUAGCUCUUCCCUUUCUGGCCCACCCUCCUGUUUCCAAGUGUCAGAACGCAGGGAGACCCUCCUCAAGUGGAAGGCACACAUCUCCUGAAUCAGUUGAGCUCUAUUUUUCUCUUGCUUCAAAAGAAAUAGUGAUGCCAGCUGCUCACUACCCUACCAGACAUACUCAGAAUAUCUCUCUUGAAGGUGAAAACAUACUUUUCUUCCUCCAGUCCAUUUUCCAUUGCUGAGGUCAAGUGGUUUGAGUGUUUUGGGCUGAAGAACAGAGCAUUAUUGUGUCAGGAGAUGAGAGUCAGCUACACUGCAUGUACAGAGAUGACUGCUCUAACAAAACAAAGCGAAACCAAAAACAGCCUUGCAAAGCUCACUGUGCUUUACAACCCCACUUACAACAGAUGACUCUGCCUAGGGACAUGCUUUGGGUAUGGAAAAUCAUCCAACUUUGUUUCAGGUCACGAUGAGAGUAAACGAAGUUGCCCACCACGUUUCUGGAAUGCCUGUGGAGUGCUCGCCCACACCCACGCAGUAAUCACCUCUGCUUUUGUCAAUAACCCUAUAAAGUCACAGGCAACAUGAAAAUGAGGAAACAAGUCCAGAGAGGUUAACCUGCUUGAGGUCACACCAGGGGACACACAUGAGUAAGUCAAACCUGAAACCCGAUGCUCCAGGCAGUGAAGUCCCAACAUCAUUCCACUGAGAGAAGCAUGUAGGUGAUCUACCUCCCUACCCACCCACACCAUCCCUGGGAAUGUCUUUCAGCCGGCAGUGGCUCCAUAUCAAAUGGUAAAUGGAACCACAGAGUCCCAGAUGCCAAGCCAGAGCAUCCCAGCCGUGUCCUGGGGCAUUUCCAGGGCUCUUGGAGAAUUUGUUUUUAAUCCUUUUAAGCUGUACUGCUGCGCAUCAUCUCAUUCUUUACUUGCAUUCUGGCCCUUUCGUCUUGUAAACGCAUCUGCAGUCACAAAUCCUUGGACGUUCCAACCACAAACUGCCAGAUUAGAAAUAAACCAUUUGGAGAGAGGCUCUAGCUAGGCAGAGCUUUAAGGAUUUAGCUCAUGAAGAAAACAGGUGUUUGUGAAGACCAUGCAGGCCAAGCAGCUUGCACCUUUUAAAACUCCGUCAUCUGGGAGAAGACCCACAUUCGGCGAUGCCUGUAGACUUCAGCUGGCUUAGAGGGACCUACCACUUAGUGACUCCCAGAACGAUGAGCAGAUGAUGCCACCUCUAUGCUCCAGAGGACCAGCCCAACAGGCUCCACAAAGAGCACAAUAUUUUUAGGAAAACCAUUGUGCUACAGUAAGCCAUGGUUGAGCACUGAAUUCUGAGAGUGCUUAGUAAAAGAUAAGAUUUGGAAGCCCAGGAAAGCAGAAUCUGUUCUGGCCAAAGAAAUGAGUAAGUAGGAGCACUAUAUGCAAAAAGUGAGGGUGUUCUGCCUGCGGCUGUAACUCCCAGGAUAAGCAGAGUGCACCUGCUAUAGGAAGCCACAGGAUGGGACUGAGUAUAGCUGUCAACCUCAACCGUGAGAGCAGGACCCACAGCAGCAUGGACGCUGGUGAACAUUGAGCCUCGUGGUCUAGGGGCACAGUCUUGUCUUCUUGAAGACGUUGGCAGAUUUUUUUAGAGGAACCUCUUUCAAUGGCCAGAUCUUAACCAAAUAAUUGAGUGCUUCCUGGUCUCACAGUCUUUCAAAGAUAGGAAAAACUUCCUAACAUGGCAGAGGAGUUUGCUUUUCUUCCAUUUCUUGGGCUAUAGGUGUGAGUAAAGGGUUUGUUCAUCUAUAUGCAGGCAAGUUACUGGAAGGAAGCAGGUGGAUUAGACCACCCAUGACAUCCCAGGGGAUUUUGGACAGCGUGCUGCCCACCCAGAGGACUGGCUAAUCUCCUGCCCUAAAUGGCAGCCUCUGGCUGUUUAAAAUAGAAGAGCUUGCCCCUGGUCUGUUAGGAGGGAAUGUAAGGAGGUAGACAGGGCCAAUCGAAUGGUUCACAGAGUGGUUUUCUUGAGUUUGGGCACCAGGAUGAAGCCAGAGAGGGGUUCAUGAGGCCAAAAACCAACAAGUAUGCUAUGUGACUUCUGCUGGUUCCCGGCCUUCUGUCUGUACCCAAAGUGCCAAACGUGCAGCCCCUCCUCCUGGGCAUGGAGGGGAGGGCUCCUCGCAGCUUUCCAGUGGCCAUGCCAGGCUGUGGUCAUGGCUACAAAGCCACAGUCAGCCUCGCUGUUUUUCAUGUCUUGUAACAGGAGCAUGAAGCAGGUCGCCUAGUCGCUUCGUUUAGCCACAUGGCUCUUUUUCAGUACUGCCCCCAAGGUGAGGCUCUGUGGGAGUGGCAGCUUUUGCUCAGAUGUCACUUGGGGUCCUUGAUGCCUUCCCUUCCCUUCCCUUCCCUUCCCUUCCCUUCCCUUCCCUUCCCGAGCAUGAGAUGAGAGUCUAAGCAGUAGCAUGGCCCUGGCAAGGGUUUCUCUUUGCCAAGUGGAGGCUCCUCUGCCUGCCCCCAACCCUGCCCUGCCCCGCCUCCCAGGCCUCCUUUUGUUCUAUUUUCUUUCCUGGGUGUGUAGUGGGGGUGACUCUUGUUGGCACAAUGGACUGUGACUCCAGUUACAUUUUCCUUUCAACCAGUGAGGUGGUGCCGCCCCCUCUCCCCACAGACUGGGACAAGGGGGCAGAAGCACAAAGUAGCAUUGCCCAAAGAGGCUCAUGCAAAACCAUCAUUUUUGAGAAAAGUACAAUGGGAAAAGCUCAGUGACAUGGGAAACUCCCUUCAGAUCCUCCACCAUUCAGCCCCGGAUUUCCAGUCCUUUUCUUGUUGGACAUUUAAUACCAUCUGUUUAUUAUCAUUUUUUUCCCAAUGGAAGAAGACCCUCAUGCUAAUGAGUUGUGCAAACGAUACCAUUCUUUUCAUACUGUUGCAAGGGGUGAAGACCGCAGUGAACUGUGUUUCUGUUACGAUAUCCAUUUCUUGUGUGGGGUUGAUUUCCGAUUGGUGCAUUCUCACUUAUCAGGGAUCUCUGAUUCUAGCAGAACAAAAUCAGCUACUUAUUCUAGUUACUGUAAGCAAACACAUAACUUUUACUGUAAUUUGAAAAACCUUGCACUGUAAUGGUUUAAAAAAAAAAGCAAAUCUUAUCAAAACUGAUUUUGUAUUUUUGAUUACAUCUGAAUUUUCACAUUUUUGUAUCCAACCGUGACCACAGUAGUGCUUCCAUAGCUUGUGUUCAAGGUCUUGUUUUCUUUCCAGGUUGACUUCUUAAGAUUGUGUUGAUGCCAAAUGCUUAAGGGGCAGGACUGGGGCCCGGCUAGCAGAACCUGUCAUUGGGGGUUGUGUCUUCGGCCAGAUCACUGGCUGGCAACGGGAAAUCUUGCCUAAAUGGAGCAAGCUGACGUCGCAUUUCAUUGCGUGAAUUCCCACAGACAGCUCAUAUCUCCAACUAAUUUAAGGCCAAUGGCAUUGGCCAAACCUUUGCCAAGGACUCUCUCAACUGAGCUGCCCCUACCCCUGCAUUACCCAGGUUCCUGGGUAAGGGAGGACAUUUUUUGAAAACAAAACUCGUGAAAUUAAUUUGUGAUUAUGAUUUUUUUUUCUUCUUGCUGGAAACGUGCUGGGAACCAGACAGCAUGAUGUUAUCGCUCUUUCCGCUUUUCCAAACCAAUACACCUGUUGUGCUCCUUGGUUUCUUAGUGAAGAAAAUUCUAGACACAGACCUAAAUAUGAACUCUUUUCCUCCUGUAUUUCUGAUUAGCAAUUCUCCCUAUGUAUUCCUAACUUGUUGAAGUGUUUUCCUUCUUAGCAUUGCUUCUCAUAUUUUUUUUCCUGAACAACAACAACAAACCCACAAAGGAACAAAUAAUCUCUUUCUCUUUUUCUCUCUUUCUCUCUCUGAUGUGUAAUGUUGUGUUGUCCAGAUUCUGUAUAAAAAUAUGUAUAUGAUGUAUCUGAUAUUUGGCGGCCACUGGCUGUUAACUUUAACCAAUAUAAUUAACAAAAAUGCAUAAUGUUGGUGUUUGAUUUUUUUUAACAAAAAAAAAACAACCUAGUUAAGACGUUUGUGUAUUUUUGCAUGGUUAAAAUGUACUUAGUGCAUUGAGAAACGUUGUGGAGGUACUCAGUGACAAGGCCGGUUUCCUUUUUGAUUCUAAUGGUGAUUGGUUGUUGACCAGACUCUUCCCUAUGAUGUCUGUCUUCUUUAAUUUAGCAUAAUUAUAUUUACAAGUUGUUUUAGUACUCAAGAUUCAGCAUAGUGUAUCUAUCUAUCUCUAGUGUAUCGACUGUUCCUUAAAACCAGGUUGUGGAAGUUCACUUUGUCUGGCACAGACAUCUCCAUUGCUGAUUUCUGUUGAAUUGCGUCCCUUCUCACUUGCUGUGCAGUCCAGAUCUGAAGCACCCCAGGGCCCCAUGGACAAGGGCCGACACCUCUCCUGCUGGAGCAGUACUGUGGUUUUUCCCUCGUCAUGGAACAUCUUUUUCCCCCCGCUAACCUAGUUAAUAUAAAGGAGGAGGAAAGGACAAGAAGUCAAGCAGGAAGGUAAAAAUGAUUUAUAUUUUAUACAUAAAAAGACAUAUAAAGUAUUGUAGACAGAUAGACAAGCAGAAAGACAAUGGACGACCCCCAAGGACCAGAGAUCCUGGGCUUUCCUCCCAGGAGCGUCACCAGAUCAAAAGGGGGACUGCAUAAAAAAUAGUUGCUUCCUUGUGCCUCAGCUUCACCAUUUGUAAGAUCAGGACAGGCAGUAUUGGGGAGGAAGAGGCAGCUACAGUUUCUUGGGUCUUCAGUGCACUUAAAAGUGGAUUUUUAACUACCUAAGAGAUUUAAUUGGUGGAUGUUUGAGGACAAUGCUCACUCACAGCAUCACCUAUCCUUCUGCAGACAUGGGGACCUGCUCAGGGGACAGACGUGUCUAAAAAGGCUCAAGUGUUCUUGUUCAAGAUGACCCUGUGAUCCACAGGUAUCUCUUCUGUGAGCUUGGUCCCUGCAUAGAUGGAACUGGCAGCAACAUCUCUGCUCAAUGGAGUUGAAUCUCUGUCCUAGAAUCCUAGCUUUUCUCUAACUGAGUCAAAAUCCAUAGGCAUGUUUUUUUUUUUUCCUGGGCACAGAAAGAGUUUGCCAUUCUCUAUUUCCACACCUAGAACCCCCACAGGCUGUCCCCCUCAAUCGUCAGGAACCAGCAUCCACAGUUGGUAUUAAAUGAUAUUCCAGCAUCUGUUUUUUUGCUGACUCUGGUCUUUUGGCAGGAUAGUGCAUCUAAUGGGCAGUCCCUUCUCUUCAAAUCUGGAGGCAGAGCCAGUCCUCUGAGGUCCUUGGGCUUCUUGGCUCUGCAGUAAAAAAAAAAAAAAAAUCCAUCCCGAUGGCCAAGGGCACCUCGAUGUCCCUGCCUCUGGCCCUCUUGAAGUUAAGAGCUUAGCCCUCAAGUAUUUGACAGCAUCUCUUUCUCGUAGGCACUUCCCUCCUCCGUGACUUGCGGCCACGAGCAUUGAUCGCAUCGUGUGCUUUGCGGGUGGGCCUCGUUCACACUGUAUUGAACAUUGCAUUAGGGUUGAAUGCACUUCCUGCUGUGCCUCAGACUCAAGGCUGACUGCACAGAGACGUGAUGGCUCCUGCUCCUGUCCUGCUUGGUUCUUGCCAGGGCAGAAUUCAGAUGGAGCUAGGUGAACAUGCUGAUAGUGGCCAGGAGGCCCAAGAACCUGUUGGAAAAUUUACCCAUGGUUCCCCAGGAACAAGGUUUGCUUGCUUGCUUUGCAAGGCCGGUAGAGACCUCCAUGAUACUAGAAUUCAGUCCCUACCUCAUGUCUAGUCAACACGGAUAGCAGCUCUCUAGCAGCACAGACUGUGAAUGUCAGAAAGGACCUCAGAGCUCAUGUGGCCCAGGCUCCUCCCCUUACAAAUGCCGAAACUGGACCCCCAGAGAGAAGUAACGUCCCCAAAGAAACAUAGGUGGGAACAAGCUGAGCCCCCUCAGACGGGCCACCCCCACAGCUCUUUUGUCCCUCUCCUGAGUGAUAAUCACUAGCUCAGAGUCCUCCUUUUAAUGUAGGAAAUUCAGAUGACAUUUCCCAAACUGUCACACUCGCUAUAAGUCGGUGGGGGGUUGUUUUCUCAAUGAUUACAGUCAUUGUGAACACACUUCUACACAUUCCCUUCUCCCAACCCAGCCCUGGGUAAGCCAAGGUAAGGGGCUAAGAAUUUGGGACAAGAAAUGAGCUAAUGUCUUAUUUACACAUAGGUUGAAGGGGCAAAGAACAAUGAAAAUAAGACAGAGUCAAGUCUAAGCUUGUAACCGGCCCUCACUUAGUCCCAUCACAGAGUAGCUCCUCCUUCCACACAGGAGCCCAUCUCUCCUGUAGCCACUCCCCCAGCUCUCCUGUAGCCACACCCCAUCUCUCCUGUAGCCACUCCCCCUUUCCUGGCUGCCUCCCACCGCGGAGGCACCUGGCCUCUCUGGGAAGAGUGUCCCAUUACCCAGAACUGGUUAAUCUGCAAGUCUCCAUAAACAUCCCUUCUCUGUGUGUUUUCUGUGCCCUCCUCUCUGCUAACAUUUAUCUCCACGGAGGCUCCGGAAGUCAAAGUGUGGUUUUCUCGUGCAGAGUGGUAGAGCCAGGAACUUUGAGUGUCAUGCAAAUGCCAGCACACCUCCCAGCCUCAGCUUCCCCUUCAGGGAGCUGGGAAGCCCCUGGCUUGUCCUGUUUCCCUGUAGGAGGACUCCCUGAGGUUUGUCCGCCAAAGCUCACAUUAACCUGAGACUGGUUUAGAUCCGAUCUAGAAUGCCAUUCUAUUUGAAUUUUCAAAAUCAAACUGACAGUUUGCUACAGAGGCCCCUUGAUUCUGACGGUGUCAGCCCCAAGAAGAGCCGGCUGUUCCCUCGGGCUCUACUUCUUAAAAGUGUCUUCCUUAUAAAAUGGAGAAAUGACUUUGGUUCCUACUAGAUUAUGGUGCUGUUUCUCGAAAGAGAUCAAGUUCCUGAGUUGUGGAUUUUUUAAAGGGCUUUCUUGCUUCUAAGGGCUCUUCCAGCCCUUGACACCCCACCCCGGCCCCCACCCGGCCUUGUACCGUGGCCAGGGGCCCAGGAGCCAGCGUGAGUAGCCUAUUCUGCUGGAGAUUGUCCUGAGAGGAGGGGAGUGGCUAUAGUAAUGGCCUCGUCCUUUCAGAGUUGGAAAGUGGGGCCAGGAUUCUCAUCUCAAAAUGUUGGAGCUGCAGAGCACCCCCUGGUGGCUGUAUGGGGAAAGGGAACGUACAGAACUGGCCCUCCCUGGGAGCAGUUACCCACAUAGUCAGCCAGCUCCGGUAGCACUCCUAAUCCCCAAGUAAGGGCCAUAGGUCCCCGAGCUAAUUUGCUUGAUAUAAAUAAUAGUGGUUAUGAUAAUUAUCUUUUUAAGCUAGAAAAUGUGAUAGAUCUUGAAAAUAUGCUGUUUCGUUAUCCCACUGCCCUGAUACAACUCUUCAUCAAGUACCUUCCUAGCUCCUGGUCAUGUUGCACGCUCUGCUCUUCUGGGGGUGUGCUCCUGCGCCACCUAGUGGAAGUCACCAAACCUUCAUUUUUGAAUUUUUUUUUUUUCUAAACUGCUCAGCAGUAGAGCUUCUGUGUUCCCCCAGGCUCUUCAACAAGUCUACCAUAGGCACUGCAGUGACCCCAACACCUCUGCCAGCAGCUGCCGCCUGCAGACGAGCUCGCUGCUCAUCGCAACAGCCCAGCCACGGCUGCUGUCUUCCCCGAGCUCCACUGGCGUCCCAGGACGGGGGUGCAAGCCCAGCCAAGGGCUGAAGGGGUACUUGCCAUGACGACUAGGUUCCCAAGGCUGAUGGGCGGGACUUUAAAUACUAGCUCCCUUCCCGUCAGCCUAGCAAGAGCAGAGCCAAAGAACAUGACACUGAGUUACGAAUAUAAAUUCAAGCAGAACACCCUAACUGUGCAGAAAGACUGUGGGUUCCAGACUAAAAUAACUGCCUGCCCUUAACCACUGGAUUCUAUCUGCAAUAGAGGGACUAAGCUAGAUAACCUCCAAGGAGCCUUGUUUUGCAUGGUGAAUGCCUUAGAAACUAUAUUUAAACCCUUAUAAAGGAGAAUUGCACAAGGAAGUCCCACAGACCUACCAAUCAAUCAAUUAAGAGAUUGGUUUAUUAUUGGAACUCUCAGCUGUCUGGAUAAAAUAUCGCCCACAGGACACGAACAAGAUGAUAUCCAGCAGAGAAAGGCCUGGUGAGGAACUGGUCCCCAAUGGCUGGCUAUUGCCACUGCUGUUUCUCCUCCCAUACAUCCUGGCCCCAUGAGAGCCCCAGCUUGGGGUGGCCAAGAGUAACUAGAGGGUGGUAUCUCCAGGCCACCGUAUCCCCAGGCCCCAGGCCGCUCAUGGAGAGUUCUUUCUAUAUUGCUAGCAAGUGUUAGAGGAUGGAGCUGUCGUCUGUCUGCCCUGCCAUAGCCAUGCAGGAUGUGUUUGCCAGUUGAGGUCAUUGUAGACUUUGGCAGCAACCACUCGAGACCCAGUUCUAGAGCAUCACCAGUCACAUCCCCAGCAUGUUGCUAGCAGUCAGCACCAGAUAACAGGCAGCUGUCACUGCUCAUCUGUCCCCUGGUACUUGGAGGUAACUGUCUAUCUCCUGCACUCCAGAGCACAGAGGAAGGGAAGGGCUGUUGUGUCUGUUCUGCCCUGUCUUCUGGGGGCUGGCACUGUGGUGUAACGGGUAAAGCCACUGCCUACAGUGCCAGCAUCCCACAUGGGCACCAGUUCGAGUCCUGGCUGCUCCACUUCUGAUCCAACUCCCUGCUAAUCUUCUGUCUUUUGCACAUGUCUCUGUGAGUAGAGUCAAGUCCAAGGAACAUCUGGCACGCCCCUAGAGGCCCAGCCAGGACCCCACAUUCCCAUGGGCACAGUAGCUGUCGUUCCAUGGGGUCUGGGGGCACAUGCCUGAACCCAGAAAGGUUUGUCCUCUUCUCCAGCUGAGUGUGGGUCUCUCGGGACGUGCGAGCUCCCAGCCUGGCUUUCUGGGACGCCUGGUGCUCGAGGCCAGCCCACAAUAGCAAAGGUCUUGCCCUAACUUCAGCGGGAACCUUGGUGCUGCCACCUUCCGCUUGCCAGCUGGGUGACCACAGGAAAGGGAUUUCUGGAGAGUGGACACUUCGGUCGCGUUGCCCCCAGUCAAGGGAUGAGCCUUCAUUCCGGGAGCUUUCCUGAGGGUGAGCCCCGUGCUACUGCGUACUGUAAACUCGGAGCUUCCGGGCCGAGGCUCCCUGGGCCUGGGAAAGGGGAGCCGAGGGGAAGGGGACUCCUUCUCACCUUUUGUUUACCUUCGAUCUGGCUGGAGUUAGCUGCCCUAAACUUCUAGUUUGCUAAAGUCCUUAUUGCCUUAACAGCCACCUAAUAUGCAGUCAGAACCAGAAGAGAGGCCCUCCCAGGGCGGCCGUUGGAAGCCUGUCCCCACCCUGGGACAAAGCCCAGAGUGGGCCUGUUAGUCACAGAGCGGUGUUCCCAGGCUGGGGACAAACCCAGGACUGCUCCAAGGAGAGACCCCUCCCCCGUCCUCAGCCUACUUCAGAUCUGGACUCCUCCCCCCACCCCCAUGCGCACCAGACUGCAGCAGAUUCUUCAGCCUCUCCACCAAGCUCUUUAAAAUGAAAGGCAGGUAGCUGUCUUCCCGUGGACAAUAAUGAAUGUAUCUAUUGUAAGUGCAGACCGUGUAGAGAAGUGGCUGGGUUAAGAAAAAAGAAAAAAAACAAAAAACAAAAAACAAAAAAAAAAAAACAAAAACAAAAAAAGAGGGUUUUUGUAAAGCCUGUUUAUUUUUUUAAGUCAAUUUUGAGCAUUUCUAUUUUACCACCCUUCACAUGGUUUUGGGGAACCCAAAUUGUAUCAAGGUCUCAUGCCAAAACAAGCCAAAAGUUGUUUUCUUUACCUUUUUCCUCCAUGCACCAUGAUUUCAAUGAUUGUUUUGGUGUCAUUUUAAAUGUUUUCUUGUGACAUGUACUGACAAAAAAAAAGUCAUCUUGACAAAAAAAAAGAUUUAUACAUGAAUCAGAAAGUAUUUAUUUCAAUUUUGUACCUUUCCAUUUUAAUACAUUAUAAUGUAUUGACUCAACUGAGAUAAUAUAAACAGUCCAUUUUAAUAACC